AUGGCGUAUACGGACGACGCCGUGCUGGCGAAGCUGUCGGCAUUGAACGAAACACACGACAGCAUCGCCACGGCCGCACAAUGGAUUAUGUUCCAUCGCCGGCAUGCAGAACGGACGGUCCAGCUUUGGUUCCAGCGACUUAAGGACUCGCCGAGCCCAAAGCGACUGAACCUCGUCUACCUUGCCAAUGAAGUCACGCAACAGUCGAAGGCGCGGCACAAGGACGACUUUGUGGUCGCAUUUGCGCCGGUGAUUGCCGAAGCGUUGGCAGCAGCAUACAAGGGCGCACCGUCCGAGGUGCAGACAAAGCUCCGGCGGGUGGUGGAGGUGUGGCGCGAGCGCAACAUCUUUGAGCUGCCGAUCCAAGCAGCCGUGGAGAGCCGGAUUGAAGAAUUCGACAAGGCCAAGGGCGCGUCCCGGACAGCGAUGGGCGGGUCCAUCUUUGGCGGCUCGUCCAGCUCGUCGUCGUCGGCGGCCGCCGCGCUCCCACAAGAGCUUGCGCCGCUCGUGGCGCCGCAGCGCAACGUCACAAAGCUGUUGAUAUCGACACAAGGCGCCGCCAGCAAAGCCGACGCCGAGUUCGACAAGAUAAUGAACAGCGCGCCGCCCGCAGCGCCCGUCUACGCGGCACGGCUCAACGGUCUUCUCAAGACAAUUGCCGACGGCGAGGACGCGCUGGCGCAGAUGGUGCGUGCACGCAUGGACCUCAAGAGCGUGCUGGACAACCUGCAGGCACAAUACCAGAAGCUGCUCGAGGCAGACCGGCAGCGGCUCGCCCAGCUGGCACAGCGGCGCGUGCAGGUGGACGAGCGCAAGCGGCAGGUCGAGGACAAGAUUAUGCGCGAUCUGAGCGGCGCCGGCGCCGGCGCCGGCAAUGGGGCGGACAGCGAUACGCCCGGCGGCCACAGUGGCGCCGGCAGCUUGUCGCCGGUACAGGAGCCGCCACGGCCCGAAGUGGAGGCGCUGACGCCGCCCAGCACCGACCCGGACGACAUGAGCGAGCCGGUCUUCCCAGGUCUCGAGCCACCACCGCCGCCGCUGUCUCGGAGCGCGUCUGGCGAUGCAGCAAACGACGCGGCUGCGGCCAGCGACGACCACGCCAACGACGGCGCAAGUUCAGGGCCACCACAGGUGCACGUCACGCCCGCGCCCGAUCCGUCCGUGUCUGGCAUCGCCAUCCUCUCAAGCCUUGCGGCGCAGGCCGUCCCUGUUUCGACCAAUGGAGCUAACAAGCGCCGCCGCAUCGACUCGUCCGAAGAGGUGCCGGACCUGGACGACGGCAUUGAUGCGGACGUGGCCGAGAUGCUGCGCAAGGACAGCCAAAGCUAG